CAAGCGAGCGCAGUGGUUCUGGUGAGCUGGCUCCGCGACCUUGCAUUCUGGAAGCAUGAGCUACGGCGAGCGGCAGGCGUUGAAGUUGGCAAGUUCACGCAAGAUAAUCGCUUCGCAUUCGUGGACUUCCUCUCUCAACAAAUCUACGAUCUUGCAGACCAGACGCGUCUCAUUUCCGCAGCAAUUGCUCAGCUACAGCAAGCAAAUCCCGACCGCAGAGUUGUCCUGCUCCUAGACAGUCCCGAUGUUCUUCUCGCUACGAAUUCCACGUCCGCACAAGCUCUCAACACGAGUACCCUGAACCUACGUGCUCUGGCUCAUGCGACCAUCCUGAGCGCUGCUGCUGACCUCCCUCUCAUUUCUGCUGCAGCUCCCUCAGCAUCUAUUCACGCCGGCCAGCCCACUCCACUGGAAGCAGAAUGUGCAUCUUUUGUCGCUUCACAGGCGCAUAAUGCUCGCCUCGUCAUGAGCGCUCGUGAGCUCACCACCGGCGCAGCAAAAGACAUCAGCGGUGUUCUGCGCAUCACGCGAGGAGGCGAUACUUAUGAAACUCAAACACAGAUGACCACGGAACUUCGUGAAGCCGAGCUGCAGUAUUUGGUGCAGAAGGAUGGCAUUGUGAAGGUAUUCAGUAGAGGA